UUUUCGCUGAUUCGUAUAAUGUUGUAUUUACAUUAUAAUUUAAAGAACAUAAUUUUUAUCUAAAGAUUAUCAAUAAUUUUAUCUCCAUUAUGAAACGUUCGGUAAAAAUUUAUUUUUCUAUUCCCUAUAUAAGUUAAUGAUAUAUGAUAAUUUAUAUUUAUUUCAUUUAUGGUAUUUUUAGAAAAGAUAACUGAAGAAAAUAGGGAAACAAAACGAUCUUUUGCUAAACAAGAAUGUAUUAAUUUUGGAUAUGAAGGUUCCUAUCCUUCUUAUACUUCUUCUUCUUCAUCUCCUUCAACUGUCACACAACCUUUACCAGGACAACCACCAUUACCUCCUAUGCCUCCUCCUUCUAGUAGUGUUCCACCACCUCCUCAUGUAUUUGGACCAGUGCCUUCUCAAGUUACAUCAAUACAAGCAUGGACACCUCCUACACCAUGGCAAUGGAUAACACCUCAAACAUCUCCUUUACCUCCUCCACCUCCACGUGAUAUGACUACAAAUUCAUUUCAAAGAGAAAUGCCUCUUAGAGGUAAUUACAUACGGCGAGAAAGAUUUACACACACUAAAAGUAAUAUAUAUAUUCAAAGAAAUAACUUUCAUCGUAAAAACAGAAGACUUGCAAGAUUUGGACAUACUCAAACACAAUUUGAUCAAGCAACAUAUUUUGGUGCAACAUUGAGUAAUAGUCUUGGUUUGGAAUGGCAGAGAAAUAAUUAUAGUACAUCUACAGGUGAUACAAUUAUGAAUCAUAUGCCUGUUCCUCUUCCUAAUCAUCCUUUACCUCCUAUACCUCCAGGGAUUUUAACAAAUAGACAUGGAAAAGAAACUUCAGAUCAAGAAAUUAAAAUCAUUCCAGAAGAAGUUGUAGGUAAAAAACUUAAACAAAGAAAACCAAUGUCUCAAAGUUAUCCUAGUCGACCAUGGAAUAGAGAAGAUGCAGAAAGAGCUUUAAAAAUUGAAAAUGAAUACAAUAAAACAGUUAAAGCUCAAAGUUUAAUAAUUAAAUUUCCAGAUCCUGAUUUAAAUAAGGAUAUUGUUAGAGAAUUUCAUCCUGGUAUUCAAAAUAUUCAUUUUCAAAGUCCUAGUGGUCCUAGAUAUUGUUUUAUACAAAUGGCAGAAAGUGUUGAUAUUGAUGAAGCUAUAAAGGAAUUAGAAAAAAUACCUUUUGGAAUAGGUCAUUUAACAGUUGAAAGAAAAUCUCUAAGAGAUGAAGAUAAUCCGAUGCCUGAGGAAAUAGAUCCUUAUACAUUAUAUAUAGGAAAUUUACCAGAAUCUGUUAAUGUUAAUGAAGUAAAGAAUAAGUUUCCAACAGCUGCUCGAGUAGAUGUAGGAUAUGCACAGAAAAUGAGAAAUACUCGAUAUGCUUUUAUAAGAUAUAAUAGUGUAGAUGAAUCUAUAUCUGCUUAUAAACAAGCACAUGAUUUAAUGUGGGAUACUAGAAGUAUUAUCGUAAGAUUUAGAAGACAACGUGGCAAUACUUGUCUUCCUGGAGAACCAAAACCUAAUAUUAAAAAAACUAAAGAAGAACCAAAUAGUAAUUCUCAAAUAAAAAAGUGUCAGAAAGUUAAUCAUAUUGAAAAGAGUGUGACAAAAUUAGAAACUGAUACAGAAAACAAGGUACAAGAUAAUUGUAAUAAAAUGCAAAAUAAAACAUCACAGAUUCAAGAACAGAAUACAAAUUUGCAAUCAUCUUCUUCUUCUUCAACACCAACUUCAAUCACAUCAGCUAAAUCAGGACAACAGCAGCAACCAUGGGUACAAACUGCUCAAUCACCUCAAAUACCUUCUGCAUCUGAAGCUCCUCCAUCUUGUUCAACUGAAAGAGAACCAGUUACAGAAACGAUAAUGCUUACAGAAAUUAAAGAAGAGCCAGAAGAUUAUGAAGAAAUGGAAAUGUCAUGUAAUAUUGAUGACAUAGAUGAUGAUGUAGAUGAUGAUGAUGAUGAUGAUGAUGAAGAAAUAGAAGAAGAAGAUGAUUCAGAUGAUAAUGAUGAAGAUAAUGAAGACGAUUAUGAAGAAGAUGAUGAAGAAGAAAUAGAUGAAACUGGAAAUAACAAACAAGAAGAAAUAGCAGAAGAUAAUGAACCAUCAGAUCAUCUUGAUCACAUGUUUAAUCAAUUAGAGAAUAUGGUUGGUAAUAUCAGUUUUUAAUAUAUUCAUGUAAUUUUUAAUAUCAAUUACUAAAUUUCCAUAUUAAUCUUUAAUUUAAAAAAAUAAUUAAUCUUUGAUUUAAAAAAAAAAAGAAAAAAUGCCAUACACAAUAUGUAAAUAAUUCUAGUUUAAAAAUUGAAUAAUAAGUAUAAUGAGUGAAAUUGCAUUUAUUUAUAAAAAUAAUAUUACUAGUUAUGUAUUAUGUACUUUUACAUCAAAUGUGUUUUUAUCUUAUAAAUUUUUACGCUUAAAUAUGGAUAUAUCUCUAUGUAAACAAUUGUGAAUAUAAUUAAAUUUAUUUU